UUUUGUUUACAGUCGGAGCCGACAGGCAGGGGGACCAGUAGCGAUGAAAACCGGUUGAUUUUCAUCAUUGUUAACCGGUUACUUUUUAUCCUCCAUGUAUCGCGCAGCGAUGACAGCGGAGAGCUGCUGCUGGUGCUGGAUGCCCGUCAUCUCGGUGCUGUUAGUCCCGUCUCUGUGGACCUGCCUGGCGGUGUCGGCUGAGCGGGUGGCCCUGGUGGAGGUGUUUCUCCUCGACCGGCCCGGGUCCAGCUUACUGCAAGGAGCAAUACUGGAAGCAGCGCAGGACAGCGACGAUGCCGCAGAUCGCGGAAAAAAGAGUCAGGAACGCAGCUACGAAAUAGCUGAAGGCAGUCUACGGCUAGUUCAGGAGGAGGAGUCUGGUCCGCAGGCGGAGUCCGAGGACGAGCAGCCCUGGAUAGGAGUGGUGCCUGUCCGGGCGGACAAACAGGAAGCACAGAAGAGAAACCAGGAGUCGUUUGCGGCAGCAGUUGUCAACAAGAUGAAACGAGCCCUUGUGCUGGGAGCUUCCGCCCUUCUCAUUCUGGCGCUGAAUCAGAACACCUUCAGCGAGAUGGACCUUUCUCAGGUGCUUUCCAAGCCAGUCAUUGUGAUUCAGACGUCAGAAAACGUCACCAAGCUUAUUGGAGCUCUUCUCAGGGGUCUGCGAGCAACAGCGAAAAUCACGUAUAAGACAAUCUUGCAGGACAAUCUGGGGGCCACACUGACUCUGUGGUCCAGCUGUGGCCGGUCCAGGGGUGGGCUGUACGGGGAGUGGCAGGGAGUGAUUUGCACUGGAGAAACCAACUCGCAGGUGCAGAAAUACCUCCAGCAACUGUGGAAUACAGUGGUCCUGGUGGCUCUGAUCCUGUGCACUGGAGUCAUAGUUCAAGCUCGCUGGCAGUACAGGCACAACCAGGGUGAUGAUGAUAUGGAGCUACUCCCCAAGCAGGACAUUAUGAAGCGGCUGGCCACCCUCAAAACGAGAAAGUAUCACCUGCCCAAGGUGCGGUGUGAGAAAGGUCAAGCAGGGGAGACAGACAACUGCGCCGUGUGUCUGGAGCAGUUCUGCAAGAACCAGGCAAUGUCUACAAAGACAACUAGUGAAAGACCCUGGACGUUGAUGGGAAUCAAAUUGGGAUCAAGCAGCUUUUCACUCUCCAGUUGCACUGCCUGUCCAGCAAUACAGAUGUCCUUUCACCCUCCGCACUGCGGAAAGGUUUCAAUAUGGUGACAAACUGUCCCUUUGUUGAACUUGUAGGAGUAAAAGAAGCCCUGUCUUAUGAAGACAAAUGUGCCCUGAGGAUGUUUUCUGCCAACUCUUUGUGCAGUAGUUUGUAGUAUAUUCGAUCAGAAAUGCUUCAGUUGUUGAGACAGUUUAGGUCUCGGCCACAUGUACAGUGUGUAUGAAACUAACAGCUUCAGAAUCCAUCAUUGCCGUGCAGCCAGUCUGACACAACAGGUGGACACUGGCACAGAGUUCCUCUUUUCCUGGUGUGGUCAAACGUAUGGGUAAAAUCCACAGUGCAGUCCUUGCUGGAUCUUGUGUUGUGCUACAGUUGGCAGAAAUAAUUCUGCUAAAAUAUUCUUUUUUGGAGCAAGACCACACUGGGCUAAAGAGUACAAAAAUUUUUCAAAACCUUGUGCAAUAUUUUUUUUUUGUUUGCAAUGCAGGAUAACUUGUCAAUUCUUGCAGAAAUUAACAUGUAGUUCUUCCAGUACCUCUUUGCAUAACUGAAAUUGCUAUAGGCAGAUAAUGCAACAAUUUCCACUUGGCUGGAAACCUCAGAAGUUGCUGUGCAUUCUGUCAUAAAGGGGAGACUAUUCCAUCUUGGCUGGUAUUUGGUACAGGAGCAUAGCUGAUCACCUUAACCUGCUUAGCUAGAUUAACUGGUCUAAUUUAUAAACUAAAUUAUCCCCACAUGGUACAUCCCUCACUAGAGGAAAGCACAGAUACCAAGCUCAAACUUUGAUCAGUCUGAUCCUUUGCAACUUGAAACAAUUUGCUCGCCCCUUACACACCACAGUGACAAAGUCUGCAUCAAGGGCCUUAUGGUACCAGUGAAAGAACUCCCCAGUACAGACUGCUUGAGUGUAUUUGGCACUGUGUGUUCUAUAAAAUUACUGCAUGUCAGCAUGUACCCCAAGCAAAAGCCAAAUGAAUUGUGAAUUGCACUUUUUUAGUAAUACUCUAAAUACCCUUGCAAGCAAAAGCCAAGUAGCUUAAAAAAAUCCUUGGGUCUAGUCGUACAGCAUUUACAGAAGUGAAGUUUCAAAUAGUUAGAAGCCAAUGCUUUGCUUGAGUAUCGUCAAUCUUCUAAACAUGCUAGUGAACAGUGGUUCAAAGCGUUGCUAUUGCUGCUAUUAAAAAUGGGAAAGAGGAGUGUGUUAAAGGAGAAGCCUUCUGCACUACGGCGGUCCUUUGUCUGUCAGUCUCGUCUGUGUACCUGCGAAGCCUGUGGUGGGUGCUGUCCGUCUUCCCAAAGCAAUAGGAAUACCUUCUCAGGUGGGACUCCCAGAACUCUUGUUCAGUGUGUACUUGAGUUCAUUCUUCACAUGUUACAAAAUGUUUACAUCACUCCACUCUUUAAUAAAUGGAUUUGUUAAAAUCA